AUGAAUAUCGUUUCUAAAUGCCGCCAUCCUCAUUUACUACAGUUUAACGGCGCCACCAAUGAUGAGGGAAACCCUCUGUUUGUGACCGAGCUGAUGGAGAAAAGUCUGCGCACUUUGUUGGACCAGCGGCAACUCUCCGAGACAGAAAUAGCCGUCAUUUCUCAGGAUGUAGCACGUGCCCUGAACUACCUUCAUCAAAAGAAACCAGAGCCUAUCAUUCAUCGUGACGUCAGCAGUGCUAAUGUGUUGGUAUGGCGACAAGGUGACCAAUGGAGAGGCAAAGUGUCAGAUUAUGGCACUGCUAAUUUUAUACAGCAGACCAUGACAGUGGCUCCUGGAGCUAUGAUUUACAGCGCACCUGAAGCACUUACAUCAAACCAAACCGUCAAGGUAAGUUUUAGUCUCUGUUCAAGACUGUUAUCAUUGGCAUAAUUAUUAAUAAGUGACCCUUACCCAAACCUCUUUCCAUACAUCGUAUAUCGGUCGUGGUAUCCUCUUUCCAUUGUUAUCGUCGGGGCUUACGGAAGAAGCAGUCGCGUGAGGUUUUUGGCUUUAUAAUGGCACUGUGUAAAGUUAUGUUUUGCUGUUGGUUUUUUUUUUCAAGCGGAGUAGAAAACUGUGUCUGUUUAGCCUCUCGAGUUAUGCAACGGACAAUUUUAUUGCAAAGUGUCCUGUUGAAUUUCUCGUUUUAUAAGAUACAUGUAUAUCUGUUCAAAAUUAGUCAAAUAUCAGCCAUUUUUGGCAGUGAUUUUGCCACUACAGUGCAUAUUUAGCUCCUUGUUUAAAAUUAACCAAAUCCAUCGGUGUGCACCGAAAUCUGGUCUUAAUUGUGCUCUUUAGCGGCGAAAUUUCAAUCAUCCCUUCUAUGAGCUCCCUCGGGCUCUGACCGCAUUUUCGCGCGCUCGAAUUCUCCUCCCUCCCUACCCUUGUAAGUUAUCAGUCAACCUCAUUUAGACCAUCUCUUUAGUGAAUUGGUUCUGCGUUGAGUCACUACAACAUGCAGAUUAUAUAAAUAACGAGACGCCUAAAAGUUGUCCCCGUGCGAAUGCAUUGGUGUAUACAGGCAUAAAAUGCCUUUUGAUAGAGGUUGGAAAAAUGUUAUUUGAAAAGGGUUUUUUCUGUCUGCCUACAGUCCCCGUAUAAUCGCUAUUUUUGCUCUAAAUUCCGCUCAUAGGUUCUCAAAUUAAAAAGCUUUUAUACCUCUAAAUGGAACUCAGUGUUUAUCGGCAACCGUAAUUUUCCUGUUUGUCUCAGCAAACUCAGUUCGGCUGUGAUGAACAACUGCCCCGAAUAAUGUCCCUGCAAUGAAAACGUAGCUUGCGUUGCAGACGUAACGUAACCAAACCGCGGCAAGAAACGUCUGCGAAACAGCGCCCAAAUUCUUUGCUCUAGGCCACCCGUACCAGGAUUUUAGUACACGCCAAGACUGGCCUGUUAGAGAAGCCAUUGCCAAUUCACCAAUCAUAUUGAAAGGAAGUUCAAAACACACUUUCGGUAACUCGUUGAAUCCCGUAGGGGUCCAGAAAAAGAAUCUCACCGCUGCUUUGCAGACGUUACUAACCGGGGUUAGAUUACGUCGCCGUUUUAGGCUAUGAAAACCAAACCUCGUAACUGCAGCAGGAUUAGCUCAGUCAGUAAAGCGCUUGACUGCAGAGCGGACGGUCGCGAGUUUGAUUCCCCGAGUCGCACCAAUGUUCAGGGUCUUAGAAACGAAGGUACUCCCUUUGCACUGCAAGCGGCUAGACCUUCGCGUAAAAUGGCCACGUAAAAUGGCGAUCUUGUCUCCAUUUGGAGACGUCAAAAUAGUGUCCCCAAUUAGUUCUUCGUGCUGAAUACAUUGACACUCAAAUAAAGUGCAUUUUUUAACAAUAUUGAAUUCCUCAAAUUAUGUUUUAUUGUCGUUAGGUUGAUGUCUACAGCUUUGGUGCUCUUCUUUGCGAAAUGUGCAUCCGACAACUUCUAGAUCCUCAAAGGCGUAACGAACAAGUGGUGCUUGUAACGAACGGUGUGUUUCGUGGUCUGGUGCGGCGAUGCAUGCAAAGAGAGCCUGGGGCGAGACCAACCAUGCAGGAGAUAAUCGAUGAACUGAAGGAAUUCGAUCCUAUCUCUUAA